AUGAGUUUCCGUCUGAAAUCCACGCCCUUUUGCCCUUCUCUGCCUACCGGUAGCUUAUGGGUCCCAAGCUCGGCGACGACCACGUCCAUCAACUACUACGAGGUCCUCAAUGUCCAACCCGAUGCAUCCGCCGCAGAACUAAAAGCAGCGUAUCACAAAGCUCUCUUGCGGCACCACCCGGACAAACAGGCUACCCAACGGUCCGCAGAGAUCGGUAUCGUGGAGAUUGCACAUAUCAAGGAGGCUUUCGAGGUCCUUUCGAACAGCAGCAGAAGGGCGGAACACGAUGCAGAGCUGAAGCGAGCAUCUUAUGCUCACCGACCACGCCCUGCCCAAGUUAUUCCAUUGGAGGAGUGGACGAGUUUGGCGGCCAAUGGAUCGGAAGAUGAAGGCGAUGAAGGCCCAUGGACGUACCCAUGUCGUUGCGGAGGACGAUAUACCCUUACUCUCGAGCUGAUGGAGCGAGAUGAACAUCUCAUCGGCUGUGAUAGCUGUUCCGAGGUCGUUUGGGCGGGGUAUGAGGCUCAGCAGGAUUCGGACGACGAAGGUUAG